AUGUCAUCAGGCUGGAGACCUCUCACCGUCGGCAUCGUGGGUGGCGGCAUCGGCGGGCUGGCGGCAGCGAUCGCACUGCGACGGGCGGGCCACGACACGGUCAUCUACGAGCGUCAUGACUUCAGUGGGGAAGUGGGCGCGUCCAUCUCCUGCGCAGCGAAUGGGACGCGCUGGCUGCAUGAGUGGGGGGUGGACAUCGCCAAAGGGGACCCCGUCAUAUUGCGAAAGUUGAUCAAUCGCGACUGGAAGACGGGUGAUCCGGUCAGCGUCUACGAUUUGGACGGGUACGAGGAGCGGUGGGGGUUUGUGUAUAAUAUGUUCCAUCGCCAGUAUAUGCAUGCGAUGUUGAAGGACUGUGCGAUGCAGCAGGAAGGACCAGGGAGUCCCACGCGGCUCUUGGUGAAUCAUCAGUGCAAAGACAUCAAUCUGCAGACGGGUGUCAUUACCUUCACUAACGGUAAGACCGUCCGCCACGAUCUGAUCGUCGGCGCCGAUGGCAUCGGCUCGUCCGUCCGCAGCAUUCUCGGCCUCCAUCCGGAGAAGAGACCCGCCGAUUCGAGCUGUCUGCAUGCGAACGUCAAGACCGAGGACGCCGUACGGCUGGGACUGGUAGACUACUCCCAAGACAGUGCCCUGGAGUACUGGGGUGGCCAAGAAGGCAAAUGGGACAAGAUCGUCCUGUCGCCCUGCAACGGAGGUCGACUGCUGUCGUAUUACUGCUUCUUUGCGCGCGAACAAGGCGACUUCACUAACCACACCUGGGGAGGCGACGACCUGCCGGUGAAGGACCUCCUGGCCCCCUAUCCUCACUUGGACAGUCAAGUGUUGGAACACUUAAAGAUUGGCCAGGAGAUCCGUCCAUGGCGGCUGUGGAUUCAUAAGCCGUACCCGUAUAUCACCCACAGCAUGGUCUGUCUGCUGGGCGAUGCAGGGCACCCGAUGAUGCCCCACCAGAGCCAAGGGGCUUGUAUGGCCAUCGAGGACGCCGCAGCCCUGGGUGUUCUGUUCAGCCCAGCCUAUUUCUCUGGUGAUGUGGCGGACACCCUGCAGAUCUACCAGGCAGUGCGACUUCCGCGAGCCACCAAGGUGCAGGCGGCGUCAGCGAAGGCGGCUUACAACAUCAACGAGCGCAUCGGCUUUUCUAGCAAUACCAAUACGGCCACAUACAAAGUGGAGGAUGAGAAGCAGAAAUUGACCAUCGAGGAGAUGAACGCAUACGAUAUGUAUAUGGACGUGGAAGAGGUCCUCGCCGCGAGGAGGAGUCAGCCGUUUACCCGCAAGUUUAUAAGAGGUCUGCCCAUGGGGUUGAAGCUGUCGAAUGGAACCACUGUGGGAGACCUGGAGGGAGCUCAUGGCAAGCCCCAUCUCUGA